AUGGACCAACAAAAGUUCCUGGAGCAGCUCUCCAUUGUCCUGGACCCAAAGAAGGGCAAUGUCAAGGCUGCCACGGCUGUGCUGCAGAAUGAAUUCUACAAGCAACCCGAGUCUCUCCUCUCCCUCAUGCACCUUGCCAUUUCGCAUGAAAGCGCAGACCUAAGACAACUCGCCGCUACUCAAGCGAAGCCGUUGGUGUCAAAACACUGGGAUAAGAUUGCCAACAACCAGCGCCAACAGGCAAGAUCACAACUCUUCCAAGCCACUCUCGCCGAGUCUUCAUCUCUCGUCCGACAUUCCCAGUCCCGUCUGAUCAGCAGCAUUGCGAAGAUAGAUCUCGACGAUGGAGAAUGGCCUGAAUUGCCAGGCAUGCUACAGCAAGCUGCCACCAGUUCCACAGCCGCCGAACGCGCAGUUGGCGUGUAUGUGCUUUACAGCAUCUUAGAGACAAUGGGCGAUGGCUUCAGUUCAAAAUUCAAAGACCUUUUCGCACUUUUCAGCAACACCAUCAAAGACCCUGAGAGUCUUGAAGUCAGAGUGAACACCCUGCUCGCAGUCUCGAAGAUGGCGUUGGUCCUCGACACCGAAGAGGAUCAAGCCUCAGUCAAGACCUUCCAAAACAUCUUCCCAUCGAUGGUCGCGGUCCUGAAGGACUCAAUCGACUCGGGCAAAGAGGACCAGAUCAUGCUCGCAUUCGAAGUCUUCAACACCCUGCUGACCGCGGACUUCGAACUCAUGACAAAACAUUUCAAAGAUCUGGUCAUGUUCAUGAACGAGAUUGCAACCAACACCAACCUCUCCGAAGAUACAAGAUCCCAGGCUAUCAGUUUCUUGAUGCAAUGUGUCAUCUACAGACGACUCCGCGUCCAGGGUCUAAAGCUAGGCGAACAUUUAGUCAAGAGCAUGUUGCAGAUAGUCACCGAGAUCGACGAUGACUCUGCAGAUGACGACGAUAUCACUCCCGCUCGUUCAGCCCUGGGCUUGAUUGAUACCAUGGCUCAAAGUCUCCCGUCGAACCAAGUCGUCGUUCCGCUGCUGAUUGCUUUACCCCAAUAUUCCAAGAGUCCGAAUCCCAAGCAACGACAGGCUGGUAUCCUAGCUCUUGGUAUGGUUGUUGAAGGAGCGCCCGAUUUUCUCAGCACCCAGUUGUCCUCGGUCUUGCCAAUCCUGUUCAAGCUUCUGGAAGAUUCAGAGGUUGUUGUAAGACAAGCCGCCUUGCAGACGACGGCCAGACUUGCCGAUGAUAUGCCCGAUGACAUUGGUAAGGAACACGAGAAGUUGAUGCCGCUCCUUAUUCAGAAUUUAACGUUGGCUAUGAGCGCAUACAAGGGCGAGGAGGAAGGCCCCAAUGUCGAUAUCAUGAAAUCUGCGACAAGCGCAGUCGACGCAGUCAUUGACGGAAUGGAUGCAGAAAAUGCCGCUGCGUACUUGGACCAACUGGCGAAGCUGCUACAACGCUUGUUCAAGCAUCCCGACUACAAGAUUAAGGCCCUCGCCGCCGGCGCCUUAGGCUCAUUGGCCUCCACGGUCGAAGCACCAUUCCUCCCAUACCUUAACGACUCGAUGCAUGCCAUGCAAGAGUACAUCACAAAGAAGGAAAGUGAAGAAGAACUCAAUCUUCGUGCCAGCUGCACCGAUGCUAUGGGUGAGAUGGCUGUCGCUGUUGGGCCGGCCGAAUUCAAAGAUUUCGUCCAGCCGCUCAUGCAAACCAGCGCAGAGGCCUUGGAACUUGACCACUCCAGACUCAAAGAGAGCACAUAUAUUCUAUGGGGCUCUCUGGCGAAAGUGUACGAAGAAGAUUUUGCCCCAUUCCUGGAUGGCGUCGUGAAAGGUCUAUUUGACUGCAUCGACCAGGAAGAAGCCGAUCUAGAAGUUGAGCUUGGUGACAGCGCGAAGGACCUACUCGGCAAAGAGGUGACCAUUGCCGGGAAGAAGGUCAAGGUUGCUGCAGCUGACUCUGACGACGAAGACGGCGACAUCGAGGAUGUCGAGAUCGAUGACGACGAUGACAGCGAUUGGGGCGACCUGGCAACCGUCACUCCAAUUGCCCUUGAGAAGGAGAUCGCCAUUGAGGUUAUUGGUGAUGUCGUCUCCAACACCAAAAAGGCGUAUCUUCCGUACUUUGAGAAGACAAUCGAGAAGCUCCUACCUGUUGCCGAACAUAGCUACGAGAACGUGCGCAAGGCGACCAUCAGCACCUUACACCGUGCGUACGCUGCGCUCUACGACAUCUCUGAAGAGUCGGGCCAGCUGCAGAAAUGGAAGCCUGGUCUGCCUCUUGCGGUCGAACCAACACAGGAGUUGAAGAAGCUUGGAGAGGUUCUGAUGGCUGCGACGUUGAACGUCUGGCCCGAGGAAGACGACACUGCCACCGUGACAGAAAUUUCAAGAGCCCUCUCAGAAAACCUCAAGAUGACUGGACCCUCACUCCUCUCCUACCCUGACGUCCUCACCAAGAUUGUCCAGACAGUCACCGACCUCAUCACCAAGAAACACGCCUGUCAAAUCGAUAUGGCGGAAGGAGAAGUAGAUGAUGAAGACGUGGAAUCCACAGAAAUGGAAUGGCUUGUGGUUGACAGUGCCAUGGACGUCAUCUCAGGCCUCGCAGCUGCUCUGGGCCCUACCUUUGGCGAACUUUGGAAGAUCUUUGAAAAGCAAAUCCUGCGAUACGCAAGCAGUGGCGAAGCCUUGGGUCGUGCGUCGGCCUGUGGCGUCCUCGCGGAGAUCAUCACGGGGAUGGACAGCGCAGUCACACCCUACACCACCCAAAUGAUGAACGUCCUUCUCAAGCGACUUGGCGACGAAGAUCCCCAGACAAAAUCCAACGCCGCAUAUGCCGUCGGCCGGCUUGUCGAGAAGUCUCAAGACGACGCCACCAUCGUCAAGGCAUACCCUCAGAUCCUCUCGAGACUUGAAUCAAUCCUGCGCAUCACCGAAUGCCAUUGUCAGGACAACGGCGCAGGUUGUUUAUCGCGGCUGAUCCUCAAGCACAAGGACAAAGUGCCCAUUCCGCAGGUCCUACCCGCGCUUGUCAACAGCGGCAUCUUGCCUUUGACGGAAGACUAUCAAGAGAACGAGCCCCUGUGGACGAUGAUUGUGCAACUCUACCGCGACCGAGACCAGACCAUCCAGUCACUGACCCCUAAACUGGCGCCCAUCAUGAUGAGUGUGCUUGGCGCGCCGGAGGAGCAGUUGACCGACGAGGUCCGCGAGCAGGUGCAAGCCCUGGUCGAGCACUUGAGAGGUAUGCACUAG